AUGCGCGUCAGAGAGGCACCGUUGCCUGGAGCUUCGAGGGUGGAUAGGACUAACGAAAAGCCGGACGAGGCGUGCAUGGCCUGGUCGACGUUGGUCGCUUGGUUCCGGCGCACUCUACGCGACCUCACUCGACUCUCUCAGCAGACCGAGACGGCGAUGGACGCUUUCACGGUGCCCCAUCUGUGGGAAGAAGAGGUCGAGGUCGUCAAACGGGACGGAUACUUGGUGGGCAUUUUGGGUUCUUCACCUCAUUCUUUUCGCCAUGCCUAUGCGUGCAUUUAA